AUGGCUUCUGUUUCUUUCUUCGUGCGGUUUGUGGCCAUCUUGUUGUUGGUUGUCAGCAUUGUCUACUGUGACUUGGUUGGGCAUGGCAAGCAUGAGCUGGUCGACGGGAAGAUUGUAAAGCUGCGAGGAAACACAAAGAUAGCUGAGAAACUUGAGGAUCUUAAACUCUACAAAAAUAUGCCGGGCUCCUGUGAUGUUGAGAUGGAUAAGGACGGAAAUAUAAUACUCUGGUACCUUAAACAUUCCAACACAGCGAAGGAAGGAUGCUCGAUUGACUUAGUCUCAAAACAUGAGGAUGAUAUCACCCUAGAAUUUGGUGUCCAACACAAUAAAAAAUUGGACGAUUGCCUGGCAGACAGCGGGAAAUAUGAUCGGAAUGAAUCAAGAACAGGCAAUAUGUCAGCUAUGACCUCUAAUUUGUUGGCCUUCUCUUUCAGUCUGAAGAACGGCGAAUUCGAUAGAGUGAAGGGAGGAUAUGCGGAAAAGCAUGGAAGCUUUUGCAGUAAUGCUUCGUUUUGUCACGAUAGUAAAGGGAAAUGUUUGGAGGUGGCUGAUUAUUCUAUCGGAUGGGCAAGGAGUGAGGAUUAUGUCCAAACUACAAUUCAGCUAGUUGGUGAGAAUCGAUUCUGGACGUGUAAUAAACGUGACCACAAGCAUAAUCAGAAUAAUGAGGCAUCCAGCGAUCUUUAUUAUAACUUUAAUGGAAAGGAUUUUGAGUUUCACGAAUGUCAUCCAAUCUCAAACAAAUCCUUCCGUUGCUUCAAGAAAGAAAAUAUUCGAAAACCGGAACUGUGGAAAAUUACGGAUGAGGACUAUACCAAUAAGGAAUACAGUAGCCUCUUUACUUUCCAUAUUCUGCCAACAUCUUCAAUGCAAACAAGCAUGCAAAAUAUUUGGAUUAAAUGCCAUGAAGAUGCCGAUAAGGAGGAUUGUAAAGAAAAUGCGGCAUUUCAACAGUGUGACAAAAUGUUUGUGGAAUUUGGUAAAAUCUCCUUCAAAAUGCUUGUUCCGGAUAAUUCAGUCAAAACUACGGAGAUAAGUAAAACUGAAAGUGUGGAAAGUACAGAUCAUUGGGAACCUGAACAGGAAUCGAGUUCAAUGCCAGCCAAGUCAACUGAAGAACCGCUCUGGAAAAUUGAGAGGCGUCUAUGGACAACACCUUCAACACCUCCUCCCAGAACAUUCCCUAAAGUCACUUUUGACUUCAGUUGGACUAGGAAGGCUCCAAAUAAGAAAAGUUCAUCCGGUGUUCUAAUUAUCAUGUGCUUCAUGAUAUUUCUUAUGUUAUUCAUUGCUGUCUUCAUCAUUUGUACGGCAACCGCGUUCAGUGAAGGAUAA